AUGGCGUUACAUUUCGUUCUGGUGGUCCGAACUCGAGAUGGUCUGCCACUGACAGGGUCAACUGACGGUUCUUCUACAAACCAAGAUCAUGAUUAUCAAGAGGCCUAUAAAGAUCUGAAAUUAUUGUCCAGAAAGUCAGCUCAGUUUACAGAUAGAUGUACUUAUACAUCGGGAAGAUUUCAUAUACACUUUACGAGUGCCCGAGGUUUAACGUUUCUAGUUCUAACUGAUAUUAACUACCCUACAGUUCUAACUUUCUCUUUUCUCAAUGACUUAAUGAAAGAAUUCUUACAACAAUACAGGCAUGAAAAAACUGAUGUUAUCACCAGACCUUACGCUUAUAUUGAUUUUGCUAUGUUUAUGCACAAGACCAAAUCGAAGUAUAACAGUACUAGGUUUCUGUCAACUAAAAUCAAUAUUAGUGAUUUAAACCAAGAAUUAAAGUUGAGACCUCCCUACAGUAUUCCCCAUGCUGAGUUAUAUCCUGAAUUAGGUUCCAAAUCAACAUCAUUUAGAACACCUGGUAGAGGUUUGUCCAAGGACCAGCUGGUAGAAAGGAUCCUCGUGAACCUAAUAGGUUGGGUGUCUACAGCAUUAAAUAUUUUAUGUGCCUGUUUACAUCUGGUCAGAGGAGUAGCUGUCAUGAACGAUGAACAUUUACAUGAAUUUUCCAGUGAUUUGUUCCAGUAUGGCGUCACGUUCAUGCUAUGUUCUGUAUUUUUCCUCUAUCAGAUUUAUUUAAUGGUUUGUCCAACUAAAAUGAGGAAACCUCUAGCGUGUGGUACAUUAGGCAGUAUUUGUCUCUGUCAACUUUAUCUGUGGGAAUAUCGAACCAAUGUAGAAAUAUUAUUUCACGUGUGUGUUGGAUGCACGGCAACUUUUGUGAUUUUUACACGAAAAAUACAACAAAAAUUACCACAGUAUAAUUUAUAG